ACCUACUGCACCAUUAAGACAACCUUCAAAUCUUGGACCAGGUAUCUUAGGUCCAGCUCCUGGUCCAUUAAGAGAUCCUUCAGUUCUACUACAAAAUCUAAGUCAUAAACAUAUUAGACCAUCAACACCUCAUAGUGAAAAAUCUGAACAACAAACUAAAGAACCUCCUACUGAAGUGCCUACUAAAACUACUAAAGAAGCUACUACUCAAACUCAACCUACUAAAGAACCUCAACAAACUACCCAGCAUACACAACAAACUAGUGAACCAUCUGGGUUGGAGCCUGAAACUAUUCCAGUAGAAAUUGGAUCAGAUGAAGAUGAAGAACCUCCAGAACCUCCAAAGGAACCUACUGAACCUAGUGGACCUGGAGAUGGUGAUCAACCACCAGAUAAACCUGAAGAAGAUGAAGAUGAAGAUGGAGAUGAAGGAGAACCUGAAGAACCUGAAGAUGAAGAACCACCUAAAGAUGUUAAAAGGUGUAAUAUAAUAACUCUUAUGAAGAUGAAUGAGGAAGGUGACUUAGUUCCAAUGACUGAAGGUGAUUAUGAAAUUGUACGUGACAAUGAAGAUGCUGUCAAAUAUACAUUCACUUCUACACUUGAAGAACUACAUUGUGACGGUGAGAUUGUAUAUAAGCAUAUAUCAAGAAAUAGAAGAACUUCAUCACUCAUUUAUAACAGAGUACGACAUCAUUUUCUGUUAAAAAAUGAUCUAGGGAUGUAUGUAUGUAACUACAGAAAAGGUGUCUGGAGUGUUUUUAAUCACAAAUUUUUGAACACGAUUUAUAUAUUCACAAAAGAUUCUGAAGGAAAUGAUAUGUUUCUUAAUAGUGAACAUUAUACCAAUGAUAUUGGUGAUAAAGGUUCUUUUAAAUAUAUAUUUAAGGAUGGUGUAAAGUGUACUAAAAUCAUGUAUAGAAACCAAUUAGUUUGGGAAAAAACGGAUUAUACUGAUAAUUAUCCCAUAUAUUUUUAUAUUAACCUCAAAUAUCACUUUUAUAUAUUAUUUAGUGAUCAUAUUUACAAAUAUUCAAAAAGAGGUACUGAAUAUCAUCACUUUUCGGGUAAUCUUAGAAGACAAAAAAAAUAA